GUCCUUAUCUUCUUUCGGAUUUAUCGCAAUGCGCACCAUUUUCGGUUGCUACGUGAGUAAUUAAACGUCAAAGUUUGGUGCUAUGGCGCGUGAAGGAAGGCAAGGCAUACGGCUAACAGACGAAGUAAGUUGUUAUACAAAUAAAGUGUUAGGAGAAGGAAGGGUUGCGUGUGUUUUUCCUGGAAUUAAAGGAAACUGUAAAGUAGCCAUUAAAAGAAUUCAAAAAGAAAAUUUCAACAAACUGGAGGAAAGUUGCAUGAAAGCUCUGAAUCAUCCCAAUGUCCUGGAAUUUUUUGAUCUUAUAGAAGAACAACACUUUACGUACAUAGUCUUGGAAAUCUGUGACGCUACAGUGGAAGAUUAUUGUCGAGGUGAAUACAAGGGGAAAGUGCCAAGCGAUCGCUCCGCCCUGUUUCAGAUGGCGGACGGGUUGGAUCACAUUCAUUCGAAAGGUUUUGCUCACCGCGAUAUCAGCUCCAAUAAUGUGCUCAUCAAGUUAACUGGCGAUGAGGCCGUAAUGAAAAUUUCUGAUUUUGGAGUAUGCAAGCCGGCUUCCGAAACCCAAAGUUUUUCUAUGAGUGGUGAUGGUGUUAAAGGAACGAUUCCAUUUCUGGCUCCCGAGCUGCUCAGACAGAUGCUAAGUGUUGAGAAUCAUCAAGAUACAAAUGAGGGUCGAAGUGGAGUAAGAGGGCACAUCAGCAACGAUAUUUUCUCUUUGGGUUGCGUGUUUUACAGAUUCCUCACUAAAGAUGGACAUCCCUUUAUGCACGGCGUGGUGGAAAGUUCUUUCAAUAGCAUAAUCUCUAAGAUUAUAUCGAAUAUUGUCGAAAACAAUCAAUAUUUGGAAGGUUUGGGCGAGACUCAAACCUUCGCGCAAUCUUUAAUAGAAAGGAUGAUUCAACCCGACAAAGACAAAAGACCUCAGAUCAACAAGGUUAAACAAGAACUGAAUUCUCACUUGAAUAAUUAAAUCUAUUACAUGCGGUUUGUAUUCGAUAAAACAUGGCUUGGCUCAGUAACAAUUUGCGCCUGAUUCAAACGGAAAAUUGCUUUUGAAUGAAUAUGGUAUCUUUUUGCAUCAUUCAUGCAAUGUUCUAGUUACCCUAAUUGCAGGAUAAUGUAUGAUUGCGAGCCCGAAGGGCGAAGCUAAUAAUCGGAUACGCAGAAAAAUAAAAACCAUG